ACCUUCAUUAUUCCAGACCCAAUAUGAGGCUGAACCACAACUCCUAGGGCUACCAACAUCAGUAGAAACAGGUUUUUCAGCAUAAUUUCACAUCUGAAGACCAAAAGAUGAAUUUAUAUGUUUAUUAUUUUGGUCAUGUUCUGACCAUGUUCAACUAAUAAAGUUCUUUUGUUCAUGUUCCACUAACAAUAUCAAAAGAACAAAAUCAUUAAUUUCAAACUCUGAGGAGGGUAAGCGUUAUUAUAUUGUUUUGCAUGUUCAAGUGUUCUAGUGCUUUAUCUGCUCAUGUAAGCUGUGGACAUCCACAAGACGUGUUGUAAUGAGGGUACAGCAUGCUGGAUUUUCUUAUCAUAUUUACUUGAGCAGACAACGCAUGAGGCAGCUUACAUCAACAAUUUUCAAACAUUUUUUUCAACUUUAAUAACGGCUGUUUUGUUAUUUUUUUGGUUUCCUCCCAGGUGAUUCCAGUCCAUGUGUGACUGUAUCUAAACCACCUGAUGAAGUACCUAGCUUUUGUGCAUUCAGUACUGUUAGAUGAUCCAGUUGUAAAGCAACCAGUGCCCAUUCCUCCAGAGCUGCUGUGUCUUGUUCAGGAGCUAGCUGCAACUCAGCUUGAUGUGUUGUCAACAUCAAGGACAAUACAUUCUACAACUGCCACUAUGUCUACUACUCCAUUAAGGCACCAGUCCAAAACAACUGUAUCUUCAGUGUCCCAACAGUCUUCACCUCUCUUGCAAACAACAGGACAAGCUGCAUCACAACAGGCGAUACCCAGGGCUCAGAGGUCUUCUGCCCCUCUGCAGUAUCCUGGGUACGAUCAUGAUAUUAGCCAUUGGAACUGUUCCCAGCAACAGAAGGUCUGGAUGAAAACAGAGCUGGAAUCGAUGGGGCUGUGGCCUGGCUCCCUCCCUGUUCGCCACCCAAUGAAGAUGGUUUCUUUGUGGCGUAUCCCACCUCAGCCUGAAUUGAUAGACUGCACUUUUGAGUUCCCAUUGCCCAAGUACUUUCAGCUUCACCCCUUUUUCAUCUGGAAGCCUGAAAAUGACAACUUGAUGGGCAGGCUGAGGAACAACUAUGCUCUGCCAUGUCUUCAGGGUUGUUCACAACCACAUAUUGUAUCGGCAGGUGUGGGCAGGCCUCGUGUGGUUGUUGGCAUCAAUGGACAAUACUACUUGUUUGCAUCAAGACUCUCCUGCAGGGCAUGUAAAAAACGCUGGUAUGCUGACAAUCUACAGUGGUUAGAAAAACUUCCACAGAGAUUCACCAACACUUUGCCUGCCAUCAUAACAUAUAAGAAGGCCAUCUGCAAAACUGUGAUGGAUGAACUAAGGAGAGCAGGAAAGUCACCUAAUGAUAUGGCUAACCAGGUAAUGGAAAUGAUGCACCUUAAGUACGAGCGGGCUCACCUGGCCUACCUCCUUAGCAGUCAGAAUAUCAUGGAUGCUGAGAGAAGCCUGUAUGGUCAGAGAACAUUCAGUGAGUUUCUCAGAGGGGACAACCAACCAGUUCCUUUUGGUGGAUAUGAGGACUCUGAUGGUUGGUGUGGAGUAUCCGUCUCUUCCUAUUACCUAACAGACUGCCUUUUAUAUGAAUACAAAAGGCAAGAGCCUGCCAUAAAAAAGCUCCUCCAAGGCACCUUUGGCCAAGCCUUACGCUCAGACCACACCAGGAAAGUCGCCAGAAAGAUUGCAUCCAGAACCAUGUCCUCUUACGCAGUGAUGAACGAGAACUGGAUGAUCCUCUCCUGGAUAAUGCUACAGUCUGAGACAGAUAAGUCUUUGGAGCCCACGUACCAGGGUUUGGCUAACCGGUACAGAAUUGCUGAGGUUGACAAGGCUAACUUCCAGUGGGUAGACCGGGACUGCUGUUCAGCCUUCAGAGUUGCAGAAUCGCUGCAAGUGGAGCAUCUUGACUGGAAUGCCUGGAAAACAACUGAUUCUGUUGUAGCCCAAGCCAUACAUGGCUAUCAACUGAACAGAUGUGCAUCGAGAACAAUGUACAACAGAAACAUUGCCAUCAAACUGGAUCUGUUCUACUGUAUGAGGCAAAUUCUUCGAGAGUGUGUCUCUAAGCAUCAUGGCCUUUACAGCUCUUUUUGCCAGUUCCUCUCUGCUGCAUUUUCCGUUGUGGAUCAGGAAGACCUGCAGCGACUCAAGGAUGCCUACGCAUUCUGUGGAAUUCAUCCAGCAAAUCCCACCAAGCAACAUAUCCGUGAGCAUUGUAGGACAAAGAUACCACAGUCAGAUGAGCUGGUGAAAAGGGUUGAGGAAGUGUUCCAGCGUUUUUACCUAGCAAAGGAUCCAAAUGAUGUAUACCUGUUCAAGCCAUCUAUGCUAAAGUCUUGGAGAAUUCAGCGGGUGCACAUCCUUCGGGGCUGCCUGAGUGAUCCCGAGCUUCCAGGUGGCAUACUCUACAGGUAUGGUGGGACUGUGCAGUUGAACCAUGUUCAGGGUGAGGGGGCCAAAGUUCCUGUCUGGAUCCCCAUCAGAGGAACAUCUCAGCAGGAGGGCUACCAUUUCCACCAGUCUCAAUGGGUCACUGGAACACAAGUAUCCUCAGAGUUAUUCCAAGCUCAAGGAAUGACAGGUGUUGCUCGGUGGAAUUACCAGCGCUUGGUGGACCUGCAGCAGCCCGGUGUUCUCCUACCAGGUGUUUUUGACCCAGCACUAAUUUCAGAGCUGAAUGCAGCUUCCAAAAGAGUAACUGGGGAAGAAAAAUAUCCUGCCCUUCAUUUUUCUGACAGAGACACAAGAGAGAAAUUUGGUCUUGAAUAUAUAGAGCCAGGAUAUCGGCCUGUUCUUCUUGACUGGGAUAAACACAAGAAGAAAACGGAGUCCUUUGUCCUCUUUGAGACAGCCAAUGAGGGCAGCUCUACCACUGUCCAGGCACUUCCUUCACCACCAGCUUCCACUGGGCCAUCUGUCCUGUUCCAGUUUCCUUCAGUUGCUGACAUAAAAGUGGAAGUGUCACUAUGCAGAGAUGCUGAUAUUGUUCCCGAAACAGAACCACCCAACACACCAUCUCUGUCUUUGUUGUCAUUACCAGCAAGUGUUCGCACUGGACAAGUGAAAACUGGUGGAAGGGUGUUUGUCCUUGACCAAAGAUGCUGGACAUCCCAGAUGAAGGAAGCCAUUGACAACCUUAUCGAUAAGUAUCAUGGCCAGAAAGACCUGCUGAAACUUGUGGACCACAAUUAUGCUGCCAUGGUGCAGAAGUCUUUGGAUGGAAUUAAACUUUCAGAACUCAAUGAAUAUCACGAUUUUGUCUGCGUUGGAUUCUGA